AAUACCUUUUACAGAAAAAUGAGGUAUCUUGUUGUUUUAAUAUCGGCUUUAGAAAUAGUUUUUGUUUCCAGUUUAAAUGAAGAAAAAAACUUAGAAAAAUGGAUGCAGAGGCAAAUGGACCACAAAUAUGCUAUGUGGGAAAAGAUGACAAAUAUUGUUAAAGCAUUGAGAGGAAGUGAUAAUACGAUGAUGGGAAAGAUUCAGCAACUGAAAAAAAUACCUCAAGUGACAGGCUAUAUCGGAUGUUUUGCUGAUGAUAGCAGACGACAUUUACCAUCAAACUUUAUAGAGUUACGCAAGGGAAUAACCUUGGAACAGUGUAGGAAACACUGCAAAGGUUACAAAUACCUUGGCCUGCAAGUUAGAGUACAAUGCUUUUGUGGAAACCGUUUGAUACAAUCAAGAUAUCCAAAGAAAUCUGACCGUGAAUGCAACAUGAGAUGUUUAGAUGAACCAAGUAGGAUGUGUGGAGGUUUCUGGAGAAAUUCUGUCUAUACAGUUCAAUAGACAAGAAGCAAGAACGCAAAAGAUUAGAAGAAAUAUACAACCAUUCAAGUGCUUGAAUAAAGUAGUCGAAUCAA